AUGGGUAUCUUCACCAAGGUCGAAGAUAGGCCGACGCCUUCCAAUGUCUACAACUGGCGGGUGUAUGCCAUUGCUGCGGUUGCCGGCUCUGCAGCAAUCAUGAUCGGCUACGACAGCGCGUUCAUCGGCGGGACUCUUGCGCUGCCCUCCUUCAAGGACGAAUUCGGCUUCGAGAAGCUCUCCAAAGAAAAACUCAACCUGCUCAAUGCCAAUAUCGUCUCUUGUUAUCAAGCCGGUGCCUUCUUCGGGGCACUCUUCGCCUAUAUCGCUGCAUUCUUCCUCGGUCGAUCUCGUGGCCUGGCUGUGUUUUCUGCUAUCUUUGUAGUUGGUUCAGGAAUGAUGCUCGGGGCUAGUGGUGAGAGAGGACUCGGUCUCAUGUACGGUGGACGGGUCCUUGCUGGAAUUGGGGUGGGUGGAGCUAGUAACUUGGCUCCAAUCUAUAUAUCGGAGAUUUCGCCUCCAGCUAUUCGAGGCAGACUCGUAUGCAUGUUUGAGUUGGGAUGGCAGAUUGGUGGGCUCGUUGGCUUCUGGAUCAACUACGGCAUCGCCGAAUCCAUGCCGGAAUCUCACAAGCAAUGGAUCAUUCCAUUUGCUGUCCAACUUAUCCCAUCUGGCCUUUUGCUUAUCGGAAGCUUCUGGCUCCACGAAUCCCCGAGAUGGCUGAUGUCCAAGGGUAUCCGGGAAAAGGCCGUUAAAAAUCUUUGCUGGAUCCGACAACUGCCCGAGGAUGAUAUUUAUAUCAAGGAAGAGAUGUAUGCCAUUGAACAGAACAUCGAGCGCCAAAUGGCGGAAGGAGGACAAGGAUUCUGGCAGCCAUUCAAGUUGCUGGCGAACAGUCGUCGAAUCCAAUGGAGAUUUUUCCUUGGAGGGUCGCUCUUCUUCUGGCAAAACGCUUCUGGUAUCAAUGCCAUCAAUUAUUACUCGCCAACCGUCUUCAAGAGCAUCGGUAUUGUCGGUACGAACACGUCACUCUUUACAACGGGCCUCUUCGGAGUUGUCAAGACAGUGUUUACCCUGGUCUACCUAGUCUUCCUCGUUGACCAAUACGGAAGAAGAAGACUACUAAUGAUUGGUGCUAUUGGGGGCAGUUUAUGUUUGUGGUAUGUAGGGGGAUAUAUUGCCGCAGCCAACCCAGCUAGCAAAUCCACCAGCACUCUUGAUGGCGCGGGAAUAUCUGCUGUAUUCUUCUUCUACCUCUGGACGGCAUUCUACUCGCCCACAUGGAACCCCACCCCAUGGGUCUUGAACAGUGAGAUGUUCGAUCAAAAUGUUCGAACCCUUGCGCAGGCGUUUGCUGCUGCCAACAACUGGUUUUGGAACUUCCUGGUGGCACGAUUCACGCCUCAAAUGUUUGACAAGAUGGGAUACGGCGUUUACUUUUUCUUCGCCGGCCUCAUGAUGUUUGGUGCUGUUUUCGUUUACUUCUUCAUCCCCGAGACCAAGAAUAUCCCCCUUGAGGCCAUUGACCGCCUCUUUGAUCGUAGCCUCAAGGCAACCUCUGCACAUAGAAUUGUGUGGAAAGAGCUCGAGGAGGAAGAGGAGAUCCUCCGUCUCGGACUUGCUGGGGAAUCAGAGAAGGAGGCCGCGGUUCGGGAGGUGGAGGAGGCUUGA